CUCGCCAGGGCCCCCGUGCUAGCGCCCGUGCGGCCUCCCCCGGCUCGCCACACCGAGCACCGGCAGCUGCCUUGUCCUCAGGACAUUCACCUCGGUUCUCCCGCCGUCCCUAGGCCGCGUAGGCUGUCUUACAGAUCAGCGCUGCAAACGCCGUGUAAAUUGUCAGGGUUUAUAUACACUGAAAUCAGCGGAAGGCUGGAGAGUGGGUUUUGUUUGGUCCAUGGACCCCCGUGGAUCCACAAACUGUCUCUACAGCAUCCAUCAGAGGAAAGUAUGCACGCUUACGCAGCAAAUGUCUACACAUCUGUUGUAGAAGAGCUAAUGAAAGGAAAGCAGCGCAAAUUUAUUGCUGUGGAGCAGGAAUUCUUUCGUCUCUGGUGGGAUGCAGUAGCCACAGAUAAGCACAAACAGCAGGUCCAUCAGUUGCUUCAGGAGGGACGACUGGAAUUUGUCAUUGGAGGACAAGUGAUGCAUGAUGAAGCUGUGACACUAAUUGAUGAUCAAAUUUUACAGUUGAUGGAAGGCCAUGGAUUUUUGUAUGAAACCUUUGGGAUCAGGCCUCGGUUUUCUUGGCAUGUUGAUCCUUUUGGAGCUUCAGCUACAACACCAACUCUCUUUGCUCUGUCUGGUUUUAAUGCUCAUCUUAUUUCUCGGAUUGACUAUGAUCUGAAGGCUGACAUGCAGAAAAACAAGAAGCUUCAGUUUAUAUGGCAGGGCUCUCCUUCCUUAUCUGAAAGACAGGAGAUCUUCACCCAUGUUAUGGAUCAGUACAGCUACUGUACCCCGUCACAAAUACCUUUUUCAAACAGAUCAGGAUUUUAUUGGAAUGGAAUUGCAGCUUUCCCAGAUCCACCCAAAGAUGGUGUUUAUUCAAAUAUGAGUCUACCUGUUACAGAUACUAACAUCCAUCUGUAUGCACAAACCAUGGUGGCAAACAUUAAGGAGAGAGCAGCCUGGUUCCGAACAAGUGAUGUUUUGUGGCCAUGGGGCUGUGACAAACAGUUCUUCAAUGCAUCUGUUCAGUACUCCAACAUGGACCUAUUGUUGGAUUACAUUAACAAGCAUUCUGAUGAGUUUGGAGUGACUGUCCAGUAUGCCACUGUUGGUGAUUACUUCCAAGCAGUUUAUAGCAGAAAUCUUACAUGGGAAAUUCGAGACUCUCAAGACUUCCUCCCAUAUUCAACAGAGCCGUUUCAAGCAUGGACUGGGUUCUAUACUUCUCGCAGCACAUUAAAAGGAAUUGCAAGGAGAGCAAGUUCACUGCUUUAUGCUGGAGAGUCUUUUUUCACCCUGUAUGUCCUGAAACACCCAGCAAGUUUUAUUUGCAAAUGUAGAGCCUUAAAGCAACUUCAGAGCCUUAGAUGGGCAGUUUCAGAGGUCCAGCACCACGAUGGUAUAACGGGCACAGAGUCUCCCAAGGUGAAGGACAUGUACAUGAAUAACUUGAUGUAUGGAAUGUUCAACGUAAAAAAGCUGAUGGCUUCCAUAAUCUUUGACAUGAACAAUGCGAAGAAGAAUGGAGAGGUCUAUUCUUCUGUUUACAAUAUAGACUCAGGAAUACCAGGUGCUACAGACAUUGACCAGUAUGUUGUUGUCUAUAAUCCACUGGCAUGGAACAUCACUACCUUUGUCACAGUUUCUGUCAGCCACCUGGCAGUGAGUGUAUAUGAUGAACUGGGACGUUCUGUACCAGCACAGGUUCAAAGAUCAGUGGAGUCCCAUUCUGCCUAUGAUCUCUAUAUUCUCGUUGCAAUAAGUGGUCUGAGCUACAGAAAAUACAGUGUUAAACCCUUAAAUGGUAAACAGUCUGCAUUUAUUGGAAGAUCAGUCAAGUACAAGCGAAAAGACAUAACUCGUGCAGAUCAACAAAGUCGACAGUUGUUUCCUGUGGUUAACAACUGCUACCAGGUCUUGUUUGACCAAAACACAAAUCUAAUGCACAGUAUUACAGAGAGGGAGACUAACCAGACUAUCCAGUUGACCCAGGAGUUCCUGGAGUACCAUGCGAAUGGAGAUGUGAUGAAAGGGCCCAUUUCAGAUAACUACUUAUUUGCCCCAAACGCUUCAGCUGUUUCAGUGUCAAAAGCAGUGGGAUUGGAAUUGGUUUCUGGAAACUUGAUCACGGAGAUACGGCAGUAUUUCUACAGUAAUGUUACUGCUCAGGAUUACAUAUAUGCAGUAUAUACCAGGAUUUACACAGUACCAGAAGGCUACGAUGAGAAGUUGCUUUGCCAUAGGAUAGAGCAAGAAUACAGUGUUGGGCCUUUGGAAUUAAAUCGUGAAGCAGUUCUAAGGACAAGCACAAAUUUGAACACUAGGCAGCUCCUCUACACUGACAACAAUGGAUAUCAGAUUCAGAAAAGACCAUUCAAGGCAUAUGUGAAUAACACAGUAGCUCGGAACUAUUAUCCUAUGGUGCAGACUGCCUACAUUGAGGACGAUACGAUGAGGCUGAUGCUGCUUACAGAGAGAGCUCAUGGUGUCUCAAGUCAAGGAAAUGGACAAGUGGAGGUGAUGCUUCACAGGAGACUAUGGAACAACCUUCAGUGGGACCUGAAUUACAAUCUCACUUUGAAUGACUCUUCAGUGGUUCGUCCUGUCAUUUGGCUUAUUUUAGGAACCAAGAGUGUCACCAAUAUUUUGUAUCGGACAAGUGGACUAGCAUUAGAACACAGGCCAGUAGUAAUGUUUGGAGCAUUAUCAGAUAAACCAAAGAUACCUGGACAACUUCAGCAGAAUUCAGUCAGUUCACCUGUAACUGUCCCACCUAAUCUUCAUCUCCAGACUCUGAGCAUUCCAGGGUGGAGAUACAGCUCUAAUCAUGCAGAGCAGGUCCACAGCAUCCAUAUGGGGAAACAGAAGCAAGGUGAUGCAGACUUCAGUCGUGUCCUGCUGAGAAUCAGGCACUUGUAUGAAGUUGGAGAGGAUCCUGUGCUGUCUCAACCUGUGAUGGUAAAUCUGAAGUCUUUGCUAAAGGGAUUAGGAUCAGUGGUGCUAGUGGAAGAGCGAUCACUCACAGGCAUCUGGGAUGUAAACACUUUGAAGCGGUGGAAAUGGAAGACUGUGCAAUAUCCAAGCAAAGGAUUCUCCAACAGCACAGACUCCUCAGAAAACUGUAUAGCAACUGUUCACCCAAAAGAAAUAAGGACUUUCUUUAUAUACUUUCAAGGUCAAUAAAGUCUGACAUUGUAUUUCAGGAACGAAUAUGUAAUAGCUUCCAAUUUUUGUUUCAAGAUCUGACUGGUAAUCUUGAAAAACAUUCUACUGUUGUUAAUGAAAGAAAUAGUCAUUUUGGAAUAAACUCUUAAUUAAACUGUUGGCCUGAGUUGUAGGUAUUUUUAUUGGUUAAUUAUUUACACAUCUUUUUUGUCUCAAACAUGUUCAAUUCAAAAAAAUACCUUGAUGUUGCAGUGCAAGCACAUUGAACAUUUUUGUGCUUGAUGUGGGUCGUUUUAAAGUGGUUGCUCCUAUGAUGCAUCACUGUGGAGCACUGGCAAAGUCAUAUUAGUCCUUCAGUCUUUCUAAUUAGUGAUGAUCUUAAGAGUCUUCUCUUAAGGCUUUUAUUGUUAGAGGAGAUGACUUCCAGAUCACAGAAUAUACUAAUUUACUAAAUUAUGUUCUGUUUCCACAUGCAAAGAGGAAUGCCUCUCACGUUUCAGCUACUUUGACUUUGGACAACAACUGCAAAGUUUCUGCUUUGCUCUAAACUGAAAUUGAAUGUAUGAUACUGUUUGUAUUCCUUUGACUAAGUUGUAAAUUUUGUCUCUUAAGGCUCAGAACUGGUUGGCUUUACUUCAUAGUAUCAUGGUGGUGGAUGUUCAGUCUUGUGUUCUGGGUAAACUGGAGCUAUUCUGUCAACAGAAGUUGUACUGCCACAUGGCCAGUAACUGUCAUCACAUAACCUGAAGCAGGAACACCAUUCUUAUGAUACCAUGAACUUCAUACUUCUCAGGCUCAAAGAAUGUGCACUGUGGUAACAAGAAAUGUUUCAUUAGCAUCACAUUGAAGUUAAUUAUGGAGGACUGUGUUGAGGGGUUAAACUUACACUAAGUGCAAAUUCUAGGAAAAUCUGAUUCAGCAGCAGCAGAAGGAAACUUGGACAGCAGUUAGCUUUCCUAAUAACUGGUAUGUAUUUAUGUCCAAAAUAAAAGUUGCAUUUCUCUAUUUUUCUUGUUAGCUCUAAACAAUGUAGAGCUUUUGUAGAGAAUUUGAUUCUGUUCACAUGCUAUGGACAGCUCUACUCAUUUUACUUAUUCACUGUAAAAAUAGCUGAGAUGAGAAUCAAGUCAGUCACUUCACUGCAAUGGUAAUGAUGAAUUAUGCUUGGUGCAACACUCUACAAAACUGUAUUUCUGACCAGUGAAAUGUAAAACUGAAAGAGGAAAUACAUAGGUUUAGAAGAGGAAAAUAGGUGACUUUACAGUCAAUAAUUCCAGAUCGAGAAUCAGGUAAAAAUGACAUUUUGCUGUGGUAGUUGUUCUAAUUUACUUCAGCUGUUCAAUAAUUUUUUCCAUGUGGAGACACUGUUCAAGAACAAAGGAAACAGUGAAAAGAGCUCUUCCAGAAUAGCUAUUGAGAAAUAGUUAUGCUGGAGGAGCUGCGCUAGUGGUCAGUUUUUCCAUUUAGACAGCCUGUGUAUGCUGACUGGUUGCAUCUCAUUAAAAUCACUGCAGAAACUGCCACAUUGUUAUUGGACAAAGAAGGUUGUUUCAUAUUUUCUAUUGGUUAUUUUUUAUACUUGGCUGUAAAUAUUUACUGAUAUGCUAAUCUAGUCUGCCCUGCUACAGUUAAGCCAUUUUCUUGCAACAUUAAGCCCAAAGGCAAAGUAUAUAGCACUGUAACUAGGAUGCAGUAAAGCAUGAUGACAACUAUUUUUUGUUUUGUUUUGUGGAUGUGUUUGGGAAAUUAAAUGUGUUCAGCUGAGUCAUUUUCCUUGCUUGUACAUCUUUCUCAUUCCCUCUGUGGUUAUACUACGUAGUAUAAUGGGUAUACUGUAGAUUACACAGUGGUAUGAUUACAAUUCAUAUUUUUGUGACUGAAGUGGUAUCCGCUAAUACAUGUGCUAGUUAACAGCAAGUCAUGCUGGUAGAUUACAAAGAUUGAACUAUAUCUUCAGUGGGCAAUUGCAUGGUCAAUCCUGGCCGAGCAGUAAAGAAUCCUACAGCUGCUAACUCUGGGCACUGCUUUCCCAGAUGUCAGGCUGAUAUAUUUAUAGUAGGCUUUGUUAGAACAAAUCCUACAAAAACCUUCUGUACACAG